AUGAAGUCUCCUAGCAGUGCAGUCUUUGCGAGCCUCUCUUCCACCAUCAACGAGAUUAGUCGCCUGUCGGGCAUCCCAGGAGUUGCCAUUGGCGUCAUAGACAAUGGCCAAGUCAUUCAUCAGGCCUCCUAUGGCUUCUGCGACGUCGAGAAACAAAUCCCUUGCGACAACGACAGCACAUUCGUCCUCGGCUCCCUCACCAAAGCCUUCACUUCCACUCUACUCGCUCAGCUAGUCCAAGAAGGUCGCCUGAACUGGACCGACCCUUUGAGCCAGAUCUUGCCCGAGUUUCAGAGAGAUCCCCAAGAUCUGAGCAGCCAUACAACCAUCGGGGACCUUCUUUGCCAUCACACCGGCUUGUCGGCAUUUGACUCCCUCUGGCUGGGCUCAGACAAUGUCCCCUUGCUCAACCAUUUCGAUGCCAUCAAAGUUCUCAACUAUGUCCCACAAGAGCAGCCCUUCCGUGGCUCUUUUGUUUACAACAACUUUGCCUACGAGGUUCUUGGGCAUGUCAUCGAGAAGAUUUCCGGCUCGUCCUACUCGGCAUUCCUCCACGAACGCUUGCUUCGCCCCUUGGGCAUGAAGAGAACCUACUUCACCGACCCGACUGAACAAAUGGAAAACGAAGCCAGGCCCUACGCCCCCCCCGCCGACGCUUCGCCGGUCCGCAUCUCGCCUGCCCUCCAAGGAGAUGGUGUGUUGAUGGGCCCAGCUGGUGGUGUUCGGAGCUGCGUCUCUGACCUUCUCAUUUUUUACAAUGCUCUGCUGGAUGCUGCUGCCAAAGAAAUUGAGCUGGGCACAGAACAGAACCGCACACCCGAGGACCAACCCGUGUCCUUCUCUGAGCUCCCAACUAUGUGGACAGGCUGGAACAUUCUGCCCAUGCCACUUCUCCGAGAGCACUCCUACGGGUACGGUUGGCUAAGAUCCCAACUGCCGUCAGUCCUUGCCCCAUCACGUGGAAACCCCCAAUUCAGCCCCUUGGUGGGCCUCGGCGCCCCGUCCCGUCUUGCCAUCUGGCACAGUGGUGACAUCCCAGGGUACCAGACUCAUGCAACUCUUUUCCCGGAGACGAAGCAGGCUGUCGUGGUGCUGACGAACGCCCUCUCGUUGAAUGCCGGCUCAAGGUACAUCAACGAUGUCAUUCUAGAGGCCCUUCUCGACAAUCUUGACAAUGUUCACGACUACGCGAAGCUGGCGAAAGACUCGGCAGGCUUGGGAGCGCAAAGGAUGGACUGCAUUCACAAGGAACUUGUUGACGGUCGAUCGCGGACGGAGCCAUCUAGACCUCUGGACAGCUAUGUCGGGCGCUACUUCAACAAAGUCCAAAAUUUCUUCAUUAAUGUUGGCCGUGACGGAGAAGGCAGACUCUACGUGUCCUUCAUGGGGAGAAAGCCAGACACCUUCGACUUGACGACAUACCAGGAUGACAGCUUCUUCUGGUUCUUGACUCAUGACGAGGCUGCCAAGCUAGCCCGGUACGACGGGUACGGAGGAGACUUCUACAUUUUAAACUUCCGUAGUUCCAGUGGAGAAAAGGAUGUAAUUGACGCGUUGUGGUGGAGGCAUGAACCGUCACUCCCCGGCCUUGGCGAAUUGUUCGAACGACAGCCAGCGCAGGAUAAUUUCGCGGCUGAAAAGGAGGCUUCUGACCUGUGA